AUGGCACCUCAUGGCAAUGAACUCUCUGAGGAUCUGAAAAACCAAAUUGUUGCUCUACCUAAAGAUGGCCUAGGCUAUAAGAAGAUUGCCAAGACCCUGAAACUGAGCUGCAGCAUGGUGGCCAAGACCAUGCAGCGGUGGGUUUUAUCUCAGACCAAAAAGGAGGAUACAGAUGAAAAUAUUGCAAAGUAUGAUGGAAGAUGGGAAAUAGAACCAUUAAAAGAAAACAUGGUGUCUGGUGACAGAGGAUUGGUACUAAAAUCAGUAGCAAAACAUCAUGCAAUAUCAACGAUGUUAACAAAGCCAUUUCUUUUUGAUAGUACACCACUAAUAGUUCAAUAUGAAGUGAACUUUCAGGAUGGCAUUGAUUGUGGUGGUGCAUAUGUUAAACUUCUAUCCAAAAGUGACGAUUUGGAUCUGGAAUAUUUCCAUGAUAAAACAUCAUACACAAUUAUGUUUGGGCCAGAUAAAUGUGGAGAAGACUAUAAACUACAUUUUAUCUUCAGACAUAAACAUCCUAAGACUGGGGAUUAUGAGGAAAAGCAUGCCAAGCGACCUGAUGUAGAUCUGAAAAAAAUUUAUACCGACAGGAAGACCCAUCUAUAUACCCUUGUGCUGAAACCUGAUAACACUUUUGAAGUAUUAAUUGACCAAGCAAUUGUCAGCAAGGGAAAUCUCCUAGAAGACGUGAUUCCACCUGUAAAUCCACCAAAAGAGAUAGAAGAUCCUAAUGAUAAGAAGCCUGAAGACUGGGAUGAGAGAGCUAAAAUACCUGAUCCUGAUGCUGUAAAGCCAGAUGACUGGAAUGAAGACGAGCCUCCAAAAAUAGAAGAUCCUAAUGCUGUUAAACCUGAAGGAUGGCUUGAUAAUGAACCUGAAUACAUUCCAGAUCCAAAUGCAGAAAAACCAGAAGAUUGGGAUGAAGAAAUGGAUGGGGUGUGGGAAGCACCACAGAUUCCAAAUCCAAAAUGUGAAGCUGCACCUGGUUGUGGGGUAUGGGUACGCCCCAUGAUGAACAAUCCAAACUAUAAAGGAAAAUGGAAGCCGCCAAUGAUAGAAAAUCCUAACUAUCAGGGUAUCUGGAGUCCUCAGAAAAUUCCUAAUCCUGAUUAUUUCGAAGACACUCAUCCUUUUCAGAUGACUACUGUUGAUGCUAUGGGUUUAGAACUCUGGUCUAUGACAUCAAAUAUUUAUUUUGAUAACUUCAUAAUUUGUUCAGACAAAGAAGUUGCUGAUCGAUGGGCAGCAGAUGGCUGGGGCUUUAAAAAAUUGAUUGCAAGUGCCAAUGAACCUGGUAUAUUUAGCCAGUUGGUGAUUGCUGCAGAAGAACGCCCAUGGCUUUGGAUUAUUUAUAUCUUAACGUUGGCACUACCAAUAGGAAUGGGCAUAUUGUUCUGCUGGCCAUCCAAGAAAAUGGAUGACGAUAUAGAUUACAAAAAAACUGAUUUAAUUAAGCCAAUUACAAAAGGAGAAUUAGAACAAGAGAUGUCAGAAAAGGAUGAAAUUAAAAAACCAAAUGAAAAUAUUGAUGGAGGUGGUGAAGAUGAUGAUUAUGAAGAAGAAAAUGACACUGCUGAAAGAAGUCAAGAGGAGGAGGAUAAUAAAUCUCACUCAGAAGAGGAUGAGAUGAGAGAAGCAGAUGAAAGCACUGGGUCUGUUGAUGGACCUGCAAAAUCAGUACGUAAACGAAGAGUUCGAAAAGACUAACACACUUCCAUCUAGUAUUAUCUGUUCCUAGUUACAGAUUCCAGUCAUACUGUUUUAACACUGGCACAGGCAUGGAGAUUAUUAACUCCUAUACAAAAACUGAACUUAGUUUUGAUUUUAAGUCCUAUUUUUCAGACCCUCUUCAUCUUGUCAGGUUUUUCAUUUUCUUUUUGAGGAAACAUUUCUACUUGUUAUCUGGUUCUUUACUUCAUAGAUUUUUUUUAAAAAUGGUGACAGGCCUGAUUUACUAUAAAUAUUCUUCGAAGUUAUUUAAGUAAUAAAUAUUGUUUGGAAAUAAGUCUGGCUUCAAAUUAUCCUUUAAGGUCUUAAUGUUUUUUUUCCUAGCUCUAGAAAGGAUAGAUUGUUUUUAAGCUUCAGAGUUAAAAAUUUUAAAGCUGAUAAAAUCACUUUGAUAUUUUGAGCUGAAUGCAAUAACUGUGUUUGGCUGUUGAUUACAUUUUUGAAAACUGUAAUAUUUACUUACAUUUUGUUGUAAUGUGUGUUUAAUGUUUGUUACAGUUGCUGCUUUUGUUUUACAAAGUACUUCAUUGUUAUUAAUUUUAAACAAUAACAUGUUUUACAUUUAAAUGGAAAAACAUUAACUGUAUUUACGUAACUGGUGCACAUGAAAUUUUUCAUGCUUUUAUAGUUUUAUGUUUCAAGCCAGAUUGGCAUAAUCCAUGUACAAUUUACUUCCUAAAUUAUAUUGAUUCCUAAAUAAAAAUAUUUAAUAUAAUCUGUUAUUUAACUUGAAGCUUAUUAAUGUGUAUAUUAUUGGAAUCACAUAUUAAAAAUAAAUUAUUUCUAAUAAUAUUAACAUUUAAUUUUCUGCUGUAUAUUCAGAAUUAUCAACAUUCAGUGUGUACUGUACUGCAAAAUGGAAAAUCGCCUGGUCCCUACUGCCCACUAGUGGGCAUUCCAGCUUUCACGGUGGGCAGUAAGGUUUUGUCCGAUACUGAAGCACUUUCAUUUUUUUUAAAAUUUAAUUGACUUUUUAAAAAAAAUUCAUAGCAUUAUUUAAAAACAUUUUCAUUAGGUUUUCAUAAAAUUCCCCGUGACAAUUUAAAUUGCUAAAAGUAUACUAUUUUUAUCGCCCGCACAUAAGUUUAGUUCACGUUACGUAAGUGAAACUAAAUGGCGCUAUAGUGUGAGUGCAAACAAAAGAGCCUUGUCCCAGAAUAGCUCGCGCAUCUCCCCCCACACUACCCAGCUGUAACAGACAAGCAGAGCUGAUAGUCGGUGCCUCUCCCCAAACCCAAUCCACGAUGUGCGAGAGGCAUGCGCAGACGAUGAUACACAGUGCAUUACUGUGGAACUGGUGGGUGGUUAGAAAAUUUUACUACUAACAGAGAUACAAGAGUGGGCGGUAGGUAUAAAAAGAUUGACUACCCCUGCAUUAAAGCUUCGAGAAAUUGAUUGCACAUUUUCUACAGGAGUUUCACUUCUGAGUUACUUUGAGCAAAUGAGUACAGCAAGGAUCUCUUAUCUUCGGGAGCCCACUAACACGUUUUUAUUUUAAAAAGCUAUUUUGUCUCAAGGCUCUUUAUUGUAGAACAGGAUUAUUUUAUAUCUGGACAGUUAAAUGACGGUGCGAGCUAUGGUCAUGUGAUCACAGUUUCCAACAAUACCCUGCCAGCAAAGUCAACAGGGAAGCUGAAGGAAGUCAGAAGUCAUGUUCACAUGAGAUCCUUCAUCAAUGACCCACAUGGUCCUUAUCAUUGCUAGGUGUUGUCACAUGAUGUCACACUUUAAGAAAGCAUCACUUUGCAACAGAAAUACCAGUCCCAAUUGUCAUCAUAACUUGAGGACUACCUGUAAAAAUAUUGUAGAAUGAAUUGGGAAUUCAGCUUGCAAAAUUUCCUUCAAACUAGCAUGAAUCGUUUUUCAGAAUGGUUUAAUUUUAUAACAUUGUCACCAAAUAUGAAAAAAUGAUCCCACCUGCUUAUUACCUUUCCAGCAAUUAUUUAAAAAUAAAUUAACCAUUUUAGCAAUCAAAAUGGAGAUAGUAUACCAACAAUGAAACACACUAUUUUUUCUGAGCACAAUGUUUGGAAUAAAUGUAAUGUUCUUUCAUUGAAAUUUCUAUUGUUCCAUCUCUUACCACUGCAUUCCAAUUCUACAUAUUUUGCAGUAUCAUUAAAUUCUGCAUAUUUAAUCAUACUGUUCUUAAAUUAUUUAGAUCCUGAAUCAUAUUACACCAGCAAUUUAUAUAUACAGACUACUAAUGAUUGUUGACUUUGGAUGUAAAUACACAUAUAUUAUAAUAUGCUGUGCUGUUGCUUCAAGGUCCAAAUAUUUGAAGCAAAUACAGUAUGACAUGAAGUGUAUAGUCCUCCACUUACAACCACAAUUGAACUCAAAAUCAUGGUUGUUGAACAAAGCACUUGUUAAGCAAGAUGCCAUGUGACAGCGUUGUUCAAUGAUCACAAUCCCAGUUCUCAGUUGUUUUCCUUAAGCUGAAUGUUACUAUACCCAGAUGGCCUGUCCCCACCCUUUAGUGGAAAAUCCCUUAGCAUACUAAAGAAUGGACCUCAAAUCUGGUGAAAAUGCUAGCAAACACCUGUUCUGACCCAGCCUUCACAGAAGCAAGAAACAGGCUCCCUGCAAAGAAAACCCCUCUUUAUUUACACAUUGGGAAUUAAUUGCAUUCAUCAACAGAAAGUCCAGGCAAGACUCCUGCAAGUAGUUAACUGAAAACAAUAGUUCUUGUCAGCUCAUAAUGAUAAAUGGAAAGUUGUGAGCUCCCAGCUGGUAGGCUGCAAAUUAAGUCAGUUCAAACAGAGAAAUAGACAAACCUCAGUUCUGGCAAGGCAGUCUUUGUCACACGAAACACACAAGGAGCAAACUCUCCAGAAAUGCGAACAGUUGUCUGCGAAAAAACCACUCUCUUUUCCUCCUAUUUAUUCCCCAGCCAGGGAGGGGCCAGUCAGCAUCCACGUUUGUUUUGUUUCCUGAGCUGGCUCAUUGUCCUCCGUUGUUCACCUCUCCUAUCUGCUCUGCGCAUACGCGCAUCUGGAACAGGCCCCAACUGCUCCUCCUCCUCACUCAUCUCUGACUCCAAAGGCCUCUCUGGCUGGGAAAUGCCAGACGGCCCUGGCUCUAUACAUGUGUCUGAUGCUGAGCAUCCAUCAGAGCCUUCCCAGGCUCCAGAACUGGCCCAAGUUCUUUCCCAACCUCCUCAUCAUCCAAGUCUAGCGGGCCACAACACCGUUCUGGGAGGCUCAGAUGCUGGCAUUUGCUAGUGUUUUUCCCUUUGGAGAAGUGGAGAUGGUGUUCGCUUAAAUACUAGUGAUGAAUGCUGACAUUAAUUCUGAAAGGUUUGGAAUGCUGGUGUUUGCUAGCAUUUUUGCCAAAUUUGAGGUCUCUUCCUUAAGCCCGUGAAAUUAAAUCUCUCGGCAUGUUGGGGGAACUGACCCCAACUCCAAUGUUCCCUCCCUUUGUAAUCUUCCCUGCUGACUUCCCCAUUGACUGGGGAAGCCAGGAGAGAAAAUCAGAAAUGGCAAUCACAAGAUUGGCAGUAGGUCAUAAAUGUGAACAGGUUGCCAAGGUUGCCAAGUAACUAAAAUGCACUCAUAUGAUUGAGGGAACCAGCAUAACAUUUUAUGACAGCCAGAAGUGCUUUACAGGCCAUAAAGCAUCAGUUUCCAGGUUGUCAUGACUGUAUAUGGUUAAUAGACGACCGGUUGUAAGCCAAAGACUACCUGUAUUAAAGAUCUAAAGCAGUUGUGGUUAAUAGGGAAAACUGAAUUACUCAUUGCAGCAUAAAGCUUGAGCAAUUAGAUUAAUGUAUAUUCUGAGAUAAAAUAUUUAUUGAAGAAAGGGAAAUGGUUGGAGAAAUUUUAAUACAUUCAAAUUCAAAUGCUAGAAGAAAGAAGUGUAUGAUGCAUGGUUAUGGUAGAACCACUGAUAGGCACAGAGGUAUCGUGAAUGGUGUUGAUAGAGCUAGAUUUAACUCUAUUCCUUUUUUUCUAUUCUAUGCAUUUCUUCCAGUUUUGGCUUAUUAUUUCUUAAUUUGUAUUUGCAAUUUGUAUAACACUGCUUAGGUGACAAAGAAUCACCAUUAUGCAUAUAUGCAGAAUAAUGAAAGCAUCAUCUGUAAUAAAGCAUCACUAACAGAAUGCUUUUAUAUCAAUUUACGGCCUUUAUCUGAGUUAGGGCUAUUCUUUGGGGAUCUUAAUAGCCACAAAAAUUAACUUGAAACUGUGUGAGACACAUUUAAUUUAUUCUUUAAAUGUUUGUGAUGAAAAUAUUGGAACUGAAUUCUGUGCAAAUUUGCAUAUAUAUGAAAGAUUUUUCAUAACUGCUGUAUAGUAUUUUUGACAAGAUGCUCAAAACACAGGUCUACCACCUUUCAUAGAAAUUAGUUGCAAUAUUUAUAAAGGUUUAUUUUCCAAGCAACAUUUUAAAAGAAUGGACCAAAAUAAACUCAAAAAAAAUCUUUAUUUAAUAUAAAUUCUGAGAUAGCACAUUUUUAGAACAUAAGCCCCAGUGGUGGAUUUGUUCACAGUUAACAAUCACAUCUAGGACAUUUAAACUCAGUGUCACAUUA